UACAUAUACCAGUAUUUGCUGCGAUUAUGUCUCUUGGCGCUUCGGGGACUGCAUCAUUCGUGUUUGUGGACAAGUGACAACAACAACAUUUCGAGUCGACACCACAACAUGGCAUCCCCAGCUUUCCCCUUCAACCGAAACCAGACAUUGAAUCUACUGUACAAACUGCCUACGGAGCAGUUUGUUUUGGGGAACAUUACGAAGGGCGAAACGUGCUACACUACAGACAUUAAUGUGGACGGCGGUCCCAACUAUCCUCAGAUUCCGUCAUCUGUCUGGACAGUGAACCUGUGCAUCGGAUACAACCCUGUGGAUACGCUUUGGACCGCGUCGCAUGUCUGGCCCAAGGAGCCUUCGGACAAGCUGACAUCGGACUGCGCGCUGACAGUGGAGUGCCGAGUUCGGCCGGACGCUGAGGGUUCUUGCGAUAAUACCGUACAGAUCGAUCCAACCGGGUGGAAGUCCAUCCGCUCGGACGAUCUCACCAAAAUUGUGCGCUUUGGGGAUACUCACUGCAGUUUAGCGAAGGACUGCUUCGUGUACGUGCAGUUGACAUUCCGCAUUGAUCAGCAGUCCAAGAAUUCAAUCGGUCGGGCUGACCUGCAGCGCUUACUGGAAUCACAAACGCUAUCCGAUUGUACGCUGGUCUGUGCUGGCCAGCAGUUCGCCGUGCAUCGCGCCCUUCUGGCUGGUCAGUCACCGGUCUUUGCGGCUAUGUUCCAGAGCGACAUGCAGGAGAAAUCCACGGGAAUCUGCAAAAUCAACGACAUCAGUCCGGAUGCGCUGAAGACGGUGAUCCAGUUUGUGUACACUCGAGCGGAUGUGACAGCGGGCGGCAGUCUGAUGGAGCUGUGGAUGGCGGCUGACAAAUACGACAUGGCUGAUCUGCGCGCGGAAUGUUUGCGUGCGAUGUUGGUCGCAGCGAGUGAGGCGACGGUGGAGCAAGCGUUGUCCUAUUUCGACUUUGCGCGGGAGCACAAUCUUACCAAGCUGCGAACCGCAGCGGUGCGGGUGGUCAGCAUGGACACCGGCACUUCCUGAAUCAUCUGCUACUGAACACAGUCGCAGUAUCGCCUGUUUGUAUUGAUUGUUACAUGUUUUACCAAUUUUAUGAUUAUGUAAAAGUUACAGUAUGCAUUUCAUUUAUUUUUGUGGGAACACAGGCUUAUGGUUCUUUCGUUUCGCAGUCUGGAAUAGAAUUGAAUUACGUUUUUUUAUUGCAUCAUAAAUCGGUCUCACUUUGUUGUCAUGUGUACAAUCUGCG